AUGAUGAAAUGGUCAAUGUUUUAUCGACCAGUCGAGGACGCCGGCAUGGUGACGGACAUUGUUUUCUCAGAGCGGGAAGAACACGGAGCCCUUCGAAGGCAACUCGCCCACGGUUUCUCUGAGAAGAGCAUGCAAAACCAGGAACCGCUGAUUCGGAAGUACGUUGAUAUGCUCAUUGACAGACUGCAUGAGAAAGGUCAAGGGGGUUUGGCUCCUGUUAAUAUGGCUGAUUGGUAUAACUUUACCACCUUCGACGUAAUAGGCGAUCUAGCAUUCGGAGAGUCAUUUGGUUGUCUCGAAGACUCCGAUUACCAUCCUUGGGUGAAGGCCAUCUUCGAGCUCGGGCGAGUCGGUGUUUUCUUCCAAGCCGCUGCGCAUUACCCGAUGUUUCAAAAGCUGCUCAUGAGUUUGAUUCCCAAAUCAGCAUUGGAGCGACGCCAGCAUCACAUCGACCUAAAUAAAGCCAAGUUGCAGAAACGAAUGGAGCUGGGACAGGAUCGACCUGAUCUGAUCGAAGGCCUCCUUCAGAAGAAGGACGAUUGGAAUCUCGACAUGGAAAAAUUGGAAGCGAAUAGUGCACUGCUGAUCAUUGGCGGAUCUGAGACCACCGCAACUCUCUUGUCUGGUGUCACAUAUCUGCUCCUGAUGAAUCAAUCUGCUUUGGAUCGCCUAACUCAUGAAGUCCGCUCGGCAUUUUCUAAUGAAGAAGAUAUCACUUUGGUGUCUGCUGGUCAGUUGCCAUAUAUGUUGGCCUGCCUCGAGGAAGCACUCAGGAUGUACCCUCCUGUGCCCCUGGGGCUACCACGGGUUGUGCCAAAGGGUGGCGCAACUGUUGCUGGUCACUUUGUUCCGGAAAAGGUUCGUUAUUCGCUACCCAUAACCAAUCACGAAGUGCUGAUGAGAAAGACUGUGGUGGCUGUCCAUCAAUGGGCUAUGUACCACAACGACAAACACUUCCGCGACCCCUUCAGUUACCAUCCUGAGCGCUUCCUUGGGGAUGAACAGUUUGCAAGCGAUAACCGUGAUGCGUUCCAGCCUUUCCACACAGGUCCUAGGAAUUGCAUUGGUCGAAAGUAA